GCUUCUCAGGGGCGUGGCUGCUGAGAGUACCUCUGCCAGCCAAGCCGGAGCUGGAGCCGCGCUUUGUUCUGGUGGCUGCUGCCUGCACCCUCCGGCGUUUGGGUCCAGCCCCGCUUCCCAGCUCCCUCCUCCCGUCCAUCCCCAGUAUCUGGGCCUGCAUUCCCUCUCCCAACCGCUUCGUCCUAGAUCCUGUCCUUCUCUUCUCCCCAAACUACUGGCCAGCGCCCUUGCCUGGUACCCUGCUCUCCAUCCCUCCCUCCUGCAUCUUCUUCCCCCUGACCUCCUCUCGGGUCCCCUUUUUCCCAAGGUCCGGGUCGCUCCGCUCCGCUAGGUCCCGCCCCUCCAGGCCAGGGAUGCCCUCUGCAGCCCCGCGCCCAUGGUCCUGACGCUGCUCCUCUCCGCCUACAAGCUGUGCCGAUUCUUCGCCAUGUCAGGCCCACAGUCGGGCGCCGACCGGCUGGUGGUGCCGGGGCAGGACGGGAGCGGCAGCGCGGGGCCAUGGUGGGUCGCGGGCGGCCGCGGGCCCCGCGAGGUGUCGCCUGGGGUGGACACCGAGGUGCAGGGCGCCCUGGAGCGUGCGCUGCCCGAGCUGCAGCAGGCGCUGACGGCGCUGAAGCUGGCGGGUAGCGCGCGGGCUGUCGGCGUCGGCUUGGCGGAGGUCUUCCAUCUGGUAGAGGAGGCCUGGCUGCUGCCGGCCGUGGGCCGCGAGGUAGCCCAGGGUCUGUGCGACGCCAUCCGCCUGGACGGCGGCCUCGACCUGCUGCUGCGGCUGCUGCAGGCGACGGAGCUGGAGACGCGCGUGCAGGCCGCACGCCUGCUGGAGCAGAUCCUGGUGGCUGAGAAUCGGGACCGCGUGGCGCGCAUCGGGCUGGGCGUCAUCCUGAACCUGGCAAAGGAACGCGAGCCGGUGGAGCUGGCUCGGAGUGUGGCCGGCAUCUUGGAGCACAUGUUCAAGCACUCGGAGGAGACGUGCCAGCGGCUGGUGGCGGCCGGCGGCCUGGAUGCGGUGCUGUACUGGUGCCGCCGCACCGACCCGGCGCUACUCCGCCACUGCGCGCUGGCGCUGGGCAACUGCGCCCUGCACGGCGGCCAGGCGGCGCAGCGCCGCAUGGUGGAGAAGCGCGCCGCCGAGUGGCUCUUCCCUCUCGCCUUCUCCAAAGAGGACGAGCUGCUGCGGCUGCACGCCUGCCUCGCGGUGGCGGUGCUGGCUACCAACAAGGAGGUGGAGCGCGAGGUGGAGCGCUCGGGCACGCUGGAGCUCGUGGAGCCGCUCGUGGCCUCCCUGGACCCCGGCCGCUUCGCCCGCUGCCUGGUGGACGCCAGCGACACCAGCCAGGGCCGCGGGCCCGACGACCUGCAGCGCCUCGUGCCGCUGCUCGACUCCUCGCGUUUGGAGGCCCAGUGCAUCGGGGCGUUCUAUCUGUGCGCUGAAGCUGCCAUCAAGAGCCUGCAGGGCAAGACCAAGGUCUUCAGUGACAUCGGUGCCAUCCAGAGCCUGAAACGCCUGGUUUCCUACUCCACCAAUGGCACCACCUCAGCGCUGGCCAAGCGUGCGCUGCGCCUGCUGGGCGAGGAGGUGCCGAGGCCCAUCCUGCCCUGCGUGCCCAGCUGGAAGGAGGCCGAGGUCCAGACGUGGCUGCAGCAGAUCGGCUUCUCCCAGUACUGCGAACGCUUCCGGGAGCAGCAGGUAGAUGGCGACUUGCUUCUGCGGCUCACGGAGGAGGAACUCCAGACGGACCUGGGCAUGAUAUCCAGCAUCACCCGCAAGAGAUUCUUUAGGGAACUCAGGGAGCUCAAGACCUUCGCCAACUACGCUACGUGCGACCGCAGCAACCUGGCUGACUGGCUGGGCAGCCUGGACCCGCGCUUCCGCCAGUACACGUACGGCCUGGUCAGCUGCGGCCUGGACCGCUCCCUGCUGCACCGCGUGUCCGAGCAGCAGCUGCUAGAGGACUGCGGCAUCCGCCUGGGCGUGCACCGCAUGCGCAUCCUCAUGGCCGCCAGAGAAAUGCUACACUCCCCUCUGCCCUGCACUGGCUGCAAGCCGAGUGGGGACAUUCCGGAUGUCUUCAUCAGCUACCGCCGGAGCUCAGGCUCCCAGCUGGCCAGCCUCCUGAAGGUGCACCUGCAGCUGCAUGGCUUCAAUGUCUUCAUUGACGUGGAGAAACUGGAAGCCGGCAAGUUUGAGGACAAGCUCAUCCAGAGUGUCAUGGGUGCCCGCAACUUUGUGCUGGUGCUGUCAGCCGGGGCCCUGGACAAGUGCAUGCAGGACCAUGACUGCAAGGACUGGGUGCACAAGGAGAUCGUGACUGCUUUGAGCUGUGGCAAGAACAUUGUGCCCGUCAUUGAUGGCUUCGAGUGGCCAGAACCGCAGGCCCUGCCCGAGGACAUGCAGGCCGUGCUCAGCUUCAACGGCAUCAAGUGGUCCCACGAGUACCAGGAGGCCACCAUUGAGAAGAUCAUCCGCUUCCUGCAGGGCCGCUCCUCCCGGGACUCGUCUGCAGGCUCUGACACCAGUUUGGAGGGUGUUACACCCAUGGGCCCGACUUAACCAGUCCCCAGUCCCCACGUCCUGCUGUGACCCCCAUUUCCAUGGUCUCCCUGGAAGGAGCAGCUCCGCACACCGGCCUCCCUGGGCUGAGACAGCCUGGGCCCUUCUCAGGAAAUGGCUCUCCCUCUCCCAGACCCCCAUGGGCCACCUCAAACCCAGCUUCCUCAGUAUCCAGAAAGGGAAGCGAGGCAUUGGGGGCGGUAAGGGUUAGACCACCCUUAAGCCCUGCCACCAGGUUCUCUGUCUCAGGUGUGGGAGGGUCACGGAUCAGUUCUGGAGACACUGAAGAGCAAGGGUUCGCUGCACACAACCCCCUCUCCUGCCCUGACAUCAGCCAGCUUGAGUAGGGGACAUCAGGCAGCCUCUGACAGGAAUUAAGGCAAUGCCCAGUCCACCCAGCCCAGCGGCCUGGGCCUGGGAACCAGCAGGGAUAAAAGUCCACUGAUGGCUCUCCACCUACACUGCGCUGGUCCUCAGGCUCACCACUUCCUGCCGCCCUGUGGCCUUGCCCUGGAAUCACUCAGUGUCCUUAGCUGACCUGGUCUGGUCCCAAGUCCCUUCCUAGCCUCCCUGAGGCACAGCCUCUCUCGCCACAUCCUGGGUCGGGAUUGGGCUGAGCCAGCCCCUCCUCUGGCUGCUUUGCAGCUGCGGCUGGGUUGGAAGCACUCACAGGUACAUGGCACUCCUUGCUCGGGCCUGGGCAGCG